UGGGGCCAAGAUGGCGGCGGAGGCGGCUGAACGGCAGCUCGAGCUGCUGAGGGAGGAGCGGGAGGCCGAGCUCGCCGAGAGAAGAGCAUGGCAGGAAAACAUCUCCUUAAAGGAACUGCAGCGCAGAGGUGUCUGCUUACUAAAACUUCAAGCUGCCAACCAGAGAACCGGCCUCUACGGGCGCCUGCUUGUGACAUUUCAGCCUAGAAAAUAUGAUUCAGACGCCGAGCUGCCCUAUAACAGUUUUGGGCCUGGUGACAUUGUGGGCCUUUACAAUUCAGUCGGCCAAGGCGAUCUGCUCUCCACUGGCAUUGUAACACGUGUCACCUCCAGAGCAGUGACCAUUGCCUUUGAGGAAUCUCGAGAUGGCAUGCUGAGUGUGGAUCAUGAGAGCUCAUACCGCCUGCUGAAAUUAGCCAACGAUAUCACCUACAACAGGAUAAAAAAAGCUCUAAAUGCACUAAAGCAGUACCACGGUGGUCCAGCCUCUGAUCUGAUUGAUGUCCUCUUCUUUUCUUUGGAUCCAAGCCCAUCCAGUGAAACAAUGCCUUUAAAGCUCUACAAUGACUCACUGGAUGCAUCGCAGAGGGAGGCUGUUUCCUUCUCCCUAGCACAAAAGGAGCUUGCCAUCAUCCACGGACCACCUGGCACAGGGAAGACCACAACAAUAGCAGAGAUCAUCUUGCAAGCUGUACAGCAAGGCCUGAAAGUCCUGUGCUGUGCCCCUUCCAAUGUUGCAGUGGAUAACCUGGUGGAAAAACUGGCUGGCUACAAAGCCCGCAUCCUGCGGCUCGGGCACCCUGCUCGCCUGCUGGAGCCCAUCCAGCAGCAUUCCUUGGAUGCAGUCUUGGCUUGCAGUGACAGUGCCCAGAUAGUGGCAGAUGUCAGGAAGGACAUUGACCAGGCCUUUAAGAGGAAGGGAAGCGUCUGCAUCAUUAAUUCACUUCCUGAUGAGAUAUCUAGCUGUCCUGACACUCCCUCCCACUCUCAGCCACCUCAAGUAGCAAAAUCCCAAAAGGCUCAAGACAAAGGGGAGCGAGGCCAUUUUCUCAGCAAGAUUAAGGCACUGAGAAAGGAGCUGAAGGAACGAGAAGAAACUGCCAUGACUGCAGCCCUUACCCAUGCCAGUAUAGUCCUUGCUACAAAUACAGGUGCUUCUUCUGAUGGCCCACUGAAGCUGCUGCCUGAGAAUUACUUUGAUCUGGUGGUGAUAGAUGAGUGUGCCCAAGCCCUGGAAGCCAGCUGCUGGAUACCUCUGCUGAAAGCUCCGAAGUGCAUCCUGGCUGGGGACCACAAGCAGCUUCCCCCUACCAUCAUCUCCCACAAGGCUGCUGCCAAGGGCCUUUCACUCAGCUUGAUGGAGCGUGUCAUCGAGAGGUACGGGGAGAAGGUUGUGAAGAUGCUGACAGUGCAGUACCGGAUGCAUGAAGCCAUCAUGCAGUGGGCUUCCUCAGAGAUGUAUGGUGGCCGGCUCACUGCUCACCCAUCCGUAGCCCAGCAUCUGCUCAAGGACCUGCCAGGAGUCACCUGCACAGAAGAGACCACGAUUCCUUUACUGCUCAUAGACACUGCUGGCUGUGGCCUGUUGGAGCUGGAAGUGGAAGAUGAACAGUCUAGAGGGAAUCCAGGAGAAGUGCAGCUGGCUGGUUUGCACAUCCAGGCUUUGGUAGAUGCUGGUGUGAAGGCGCAAGACAUCGCUGUUGUAGCCCCCUACAACCUCCAGGUGGAUAUGUUAAGAGAGCACCUUUGCCACAGGUACCCUGAGCUAGAGAUUAAAUCAGUUGAUGGUUUCCAAGGCAGAGAGAAAGAGGCAGUGAUCUUGUCAUUCGUGAGAUCCAACAGGAAAGGCGAGGUGGGUUUUCUUGCUGAGGACCGACGGAUCAACGUUGCAGUGACACGUGCCCGGCGCCACGUGGCCAUCAUCUGCGACAGCCACACAGUGGGCAGCCAGGCCUUCCUGGGACGGCUGCUGGAGCACUUCAGGCAGCACGGCCAGGUGCGCACGGCCUUUGAGUACCUCGAUGACCUUGUCCCUGAAAACUACUCCCACAGAGGAGAGCGGCAGCAGAGCACAAAGGCCCCUGCAGCACCCAGCCCCAAACCGCAGCAAGCUGCAGGGAGGAAGCCCAAAGCAACAGCAGCUAAAGCAGCUUCUCAAAAACAAGAAGCACGUUGCUCUCCUAGCACAAGUAGACCUGGGAGGGAGAGCCCGGGGACAAAAGCUGACACGAACAAAUUUAAAGCUGUGCUGGAAGCCUUCCUGGAGGGUGGUGAGACGCAGUUGGACUUCCCCUCAUCUCUCAGUCCACACGACCGGAUGCUGGUCCACCUCCUGGCCGAGGAGCAUGGGCUGCAGCACGUCAGCACCGGGGAGGGCAGAGACCGCUACAUCAGCAUUCGCAAGAAGGAGCUUGGUCAGGCUGUGGUUGCCCCAGCUGUAACCCCCAGGGAGCAGCAGCCCCCUCCUCAGCCACAGGACUCUAGUGGGGAAGCUCCAGCCCCUGCUGAGCCAGGAGGAAGAAGUGAUUGCUCAGGGAAAGUGGACCUGAAAAGGCUGCACCUGGAGAGAUUUCAGAGGGAGAAGGCCAGUCAGGAGGAGAUGGCAAAGAAAGAGCAAGAGUCCAGCGCUGGCACUUGGGGCAGCAGCAGCAGGAAGAAAGACAAAAGCGAUGGCAAAGGAAAAACAGUGGCUAAAACCACAGCAGACAGUGCAUCAGAGGAAGAUAUAGACGCUCUGAUUUCUGCUGCCGUUAAAGCUGACAACACCUGUGGCUUCCCCCGCUGCAAAGCCAGUGUCACAACCCUGGGCCAGUUCUGCCCACACUGCAACAGGCGGUACUGCCUCAGCCAUCACAUCCCAGAGGUUCAUGGCUGCGGGGACAAGGCCAAGGCACACGCUCGGCAGUGGAUCAGCAGGGAAGGGGUUCUGCACCCUGGGAGCAGCCCCAAGGACAAAUCCCUGGACCCUGCCAAGAGAGCCCAUCUCCAGCACCGCCUGGACAAGAAGCUCAGCGACCUGACCAACCAGCGCAAGAGCAAGAAGAAAGGCAAGGAGAAGUGAAGGAGCUGAUUUUCUCUUUCUGGAUACUUGAAGCCAACAGAUUGGACUGCAUAAAGCAAAGGUGCUGCUAAACAGUGGUAGAAAAUGGGAGCUCUUGUUUUAGGUGGUAGACAGCAUGGAGUCAGUGCCAUAGCUGCUGAACAUAUAGGCACUGGGGCCUCACAACCUCAGAUGGAGGAGAGCACUUUCUUUUGUCCCAGUUAUCCUUAUUGACAAAGUAAAGGAUGUACACAGAGAGGCUGCAGCAUGCCAAUAAAGACGGAUAUUAAAACAC